AUGAUUAAAAACAAACAAGUCAUCAGUGAGAAAAUUCUUCAUAUUUUUGUCGAUACACUUUAUCUAUCUGACAAUGAACAACUAAGAGAGAAAUCUUUUCAAUUACUCGAUACAGCUAAUGAUAAUCAAGAUAUAUCAGAUGAAAUAUUUGAUAUAUUAGAAUUGGAAAGGGCUGCUCUUAAUAUUAGUUCACGUUCUGUGGAUAGUGAUUAUGCUAUUGCUUAUUUACAAACAAAAACAAAAGAAGGUAAAAAACUAACAAUUAACGGAUUUAUAGAAAUAAAUAAACAAAUCGAUAAGUUGUUUUUACUUGUUGAAAAAAGCUUGAAAGUUUUAUAUAAUGUUUCAAUUAAUGGACAAAUAAUACCUAAUGAGUUAGUUGAUAAACUUGUAAAAAAAUUUGAUCCCGUACAAAAACAGUAUUACUUGAUUAAAAUUUUUGAAAGUUUAGUUAAAAACAAUCAAAAUAUUCCAAAUGAACUCUCAUUGAAAUUGGAGAAAGCGUUAGAAUAUAAAAAUAUGUGUGAUCAGGUACUCUUCAUUUUUGUUCUUCAAGGACAAAAAGGUGAAAACUUAUCACCAAUGAUCAUUUCUAAAAUUUUAGAUAAAUUUUCAAGUAUAGAUAAUUCAUUGAUCAUGCAACAAUACUUAACUGUUAUUUGUUCAGUAAUUAAAAAAGUAGACUGUUUUGAAUAUGAUUCUAAAAAUUCUUCUUCAAAAACACAUUCUCAGGUGUUCGACAUUAGUUUAAUCGAUCGUGUUCAAUCAGCUUUAAUUCAUGCUCUUGAAACGGGUAAUCAAGACAUUAUUUGUAAAAGUAUCAGUGGAUUUAGCAAACUUACUUCACUCGGUACAGUUAAAUUAAAAGAUAAAAGCAUAGAAGUU